AUGAAGUCGUUAGUUGCUCAUUUCUCAACGCCUUUAAUAACAGCUAGAUUCUUCUCUCCUACAUGUCUUAUUCAUCCACAAUCGAUCUCUUCCGUCGCUUUCUCCACCGUCCGCCACAGAAAGUUCCCCUCCUCUCGCACCGUCAUGGCCUCAGCAGCUCAGUCUUCUUCUUCUCAGGCUGUAUCACCAGGGAGUGAGACAACAGAUAUUUUCAAAAUGAUUCAAGCUCACGAGGCGAAGGCUGCUCGUCUUUCUCCUGUUGAGGAAAUCCGAACUGUACUGAACGGUAGUGUUUGUGGUAUGCUUUCCACUUUUUCUCAGAAGUACGAGGGUUAUCCUUCAGGAUCAAUGGUUGAUUUUGCAUGUGAUGCUGAUGGUUCUCCAAUUCUAGCAGUUAGUAGCUUGGCUGUCCAUACAAAGGAUCUCUUAGCUAAUCCAAAAUGCUCACUACUUGUUGCUAGAGAGCCAGAGGAUAGGACCGGUUUGAGGAUCACCCUACAUGGUGAUGCAGUUUUGGUUUCUGACAAAGAUCAAGCGGCUGUUCGAUCUGCCUAUUUAGCCAAACAUCCCAGUGCCUUUUGGGUUGAUUUUGGUGACUUCAGCUUUAUGAGAAUUGAACCAAAAGUUGUGAGAUUUGUUUCAGGGGUUGCAACUGCUUUUCUAGGAUCUGGAGAAUUCAGCAAAGAGGAGUACCAAGCAGCCAAAGUAGAUCCUAUAGCUCAGUUUGCAAAGCCUGUAACGUCACACAUGAACAAAGACCAUGAAGAGGAUACCAAAGCUAUUGUAUACCAUACAACAUCCAUACCUGUUGAGAGUGCCUUGAUGCUUGAUUUGGACAGCCUUGGUUUCAAUGUCAAGGCUACUCUUCAAGGGAACACCUUCAAGAUCCGAGUUCCAUUCCCAAGACGCGCACAAGACAGAAAGGAUGUGAAGACACUGAUAGUGGAAAUGCUUCAAGCUGCUAAGUCUGUUUCCAGUUAGUUUUGCUAAAAUAAAGAUGUGAAAUCUUCAUACGAAGAAAAGGUACCUUCAAGCUUCAACCACAAAUCCAUAUGAUCAUUAAAUGGAAACUUACUGGUUUAUCCUAUGAUACAAAGAGAAACCUUCUCUGGCGAAGAAUUAUUGAGUGAAUCUAUUUUAAAUCAAGCUCAAACUUGUGAUGUUUUGUUAGAUUCAAAAGUCUAAUAAAACAUUUUAUUUUCUUACGACUCGAACCUCAAAAACAUUGUUAGCUCUUCAAAAGUCAAAAG